UUGAAUUCUUAAAACAAUAAUGGGGCUGCCCUUAUAUUUGAUUAUCAAAUGUGAUUCCUCUUGCGCCUUCACAUGUUGACCAAAGAUCCAAAGUCUUCAACAAAAUGCACGCAGAAGAAGCAAGAAUCAUCAGAACAGGAACUGAAUGAUGAUCAGAAAGUGAUUCAUCUAAUUCCAGCAAGCCAGGUCCAUCAUACCUUUGCACAUCUGUGAUCUCAGUUUCCAUAUUCUGCAAUAGAGUUGGUGUGAACCACUUACCAUGGGGUGCAUUUCCUCAAAAAUCCUGGCCAGGUCAAUCAGUGUCCAUGAGGAGAGAAAACAAGGUUCAAGGCGAAUGGCUAAUGGUAUUCCAUUGCUCGAGGACUUAAUUAUCUCGGCCAAUGGCAAUGAUCAGUACCUCGCUCUUGUCUGCGCAGCCAAUACAGUAUCCAACAAAUUGCAUUCCAGAAGUUUGCAUUCAAACAUGUUCCCUGAACCGGCUACUGAGCCUGUCGCCUCUGAAACUAUCGACAAAUUGGAUAUAUCACCAAGGCUAAGCCAAGGAGGAGGGAAACAAAUCGAGGGAGACAAAAGUUGGCACUCGUUUCCUGAGCAGAUUGUUUCAUCUAUUGAUCAGGGGAAUUUAUCAGAUUUUGAAGACAAACAUAACUUGGAUUCCAAGGAUGUCACAGGUAGCAGGAGUUUUCACACAUUAGAGGAAUAUGAUAAUCUUGUAAAUGAAAUAAGCUUCUCUGAUUCUCCCAAAGUUCAGAAAAAUGAGUUUAGCGAUGAAGAAGCCGAUUCAAGAACCAUCGAGGAACUUAAGGUAUCUGCAUUAGCUAAUACAAUUCACAAUAUCGAGGACAAUGAUUCUGCGGCCAAGAAAAUGCUACCACCUUGCUCGCACGACAAUUCAUCAGAAGAUAGUAAACUAGUAAAGGAUAUCAGUAUCAAAAGCAUUACACUAGAAAGCUCAACUCCAAGUCCUAAUAACCACUCCACAAAUCAAAGAAUUGAAAAUGAAGUUGUAAAUCCAAAUGAGAAAACAAAUAUUCCUGGGAUUGCUGCUCAAGGGGUAAACACCACUGAGAAAGUGAAUAAGAGAAAGGCUAUAGCAAAGAGGCUAGAAUCCCUUAGAAUCCCAUCUAAUGUUGAAUUGCCAGCCAUUGCUAGCCUUAGAGAAUGGAUUCCUGGUAGUGGAAUAUACUCUUCUGCAUCCUACGUUACCCCGAAAUUUGGCAGCUUUUCUUGUCAGAUGGACACUAGGAAUGAAAGUGAAUCCAGUGAGGAUUCUGUGUUCAGUCCAGAAUUGGUAUCUGCCUUCGAAAUGAGCAUGCAAAUACUUGAAGCAGAGGAAGAAACCAUUCUGAAACAAAUUAUAGAGAAUGUGGAGGAAAAAAGUGAAUGCAGCCCCAAGGAAGAACUCCACCAAAGGCACAAGGCUAAAUCCAUAGUUUCAGGUAGAAGCAAAUUGGUUUUCAUGACUAUUUCUCCUCAAACUCGGAAUAUGAAGUGAAAUGAAAUGUCUAAGUUCAAGGCUGAAGCUCACUUCCUCUAAGAAAAAGAACUACCCAACUGUCUUGUCAUGAUUUCAUAAAUCCACAUAGUCUAUAAUUUCAUUGUAACCGUUCAAUUGAAUUAGUGAUUUGUCAUAGCUUGGGAAUAAGAUUGAAAUUGAAUAAGCCAACUCUUGAA